UGGACGAAGCAGCUGAUUCGACAGCCGAAGCGUGGGCUGUUCGAUCAACUUCAAGCGCAGAAUCACGAUAAUUAUUUUGACUUGGUUCGCAUUACGCUUGCAUUCAGACAUUCAGAUCAGAGAACAUUGGAGUAAAGUUCUGAACAGAGAGCUAGAGCGGCAGUAACGGGCAUUGCGACAAAGUCGGGAAGAGUACUCACCUGCUAUCGCUGUGCUUGCCCAGUAGGUGUAGUGUGGAUCGCUGCCUCCAACGUAACUUAGUUUGUUUCGCGGUGGCUCGUCGCUAGCCGUGGACUCGCCGUGUCUUGUCCAGUGAAUAAUACAGUGCAGCUGAUAUCUGAACUCAAGUCAAGACUGAUAGGCUUUCGGUAACCAGAACAUCGACACCUCACUUCACUCUCUUCCUAAUGACAGACUUUUAUAGAUAUCUGACCAUUCUGGGCUUAGAGCGGCUCCGCCAUCGAUCGACACUGCUGCAACGCGGCCGAGUAGUAUAGUAAUUGUCCAAAGCAGAAACCUAAAAUAUCGAGCUAUCGAAGCGCCAAUGGAGCUGCAACGAAGGCGGAGAACCCGGGAGAUACCCGGGCACACACCCAACGCGGUGGGAAUCCUGGCCAGAGCAACACUGAAGAAGCCUGUGGAAUCUCUCAUACUUGAGAACCGCAAGAAGGAUGAACUCAGUCGACAGGUCGAAGCUGAGCAGAAGGAAGCACAAAAGCUGGUUUUCAAGAAUGAAUGGGAAGUUGUCACGGACAAGCGCAUCAAACAGUCUACCAUCAAUAGACGAGUGGAAGGAAUUCUUCAACACGAUCAAUUCCACUUGGAACGCCGGCGAGAAAAGUUGAGGAAACUGCUUGCUGAGGAGGAGCAACAACAGCUGGUGGAGCUUGAAUCACGUCAGGAAACAACCGUGGAGCGGCAGGCUAAGAUGCGGGAGCGAGCCACCAUGCUGAGGGAGAAGCGUGAAAAAGAGCGCCAGGCGCUUGCUCAAGAGAAGAUGGACCAGCGAUGGCGGCUGGAGUGCGAGGAACUGCGCUCCACAAUGUCCAAGCGCAACACCGACAUGGUGUGUCGUGAGCGAGACGCUCAGCUACGAGAGAAGGAGUUCAUCCGGGAACAAGAGCACGAAGAGGAGAGAAUGUUUGCCAAUCAGUGGGCAGCGGACCAUCGCCUCAAGGCGCUGCGAGAAGAGGCCGAAUGUGCAGCUGCUCAGGAGAGGAACGUGGAGCAGAUCAAGACUCUCAACCUCCAAAAGGCUGCCCUUGAGGAGAAACAACGGCAAGAAGUGGAGCUGAAGGAGCAGGAGAAGAAGUUUGUGGAGGAACAGAUUGCCCUGCGCAAGAUGGAGGAGGAGCACCGCAGACGGGAUAAGCUGCGUCUUCAGAAGGAGAGAGCCCGCGAUCUGACCCGCGGUAUAAAACAGAAGAUGAAGCUACAGGCAAAAGAAGUGCAAGAAGAGCUGGCACUGGAUAUCAAACUUCUGCAGCAGAUACUGAUGGAGACAUCCAAUGAAGCCGAAGAAGCCGUGAGGACCAAGAAACGUCUGCACUCGGAGAUGAUGCAGUACAUGACCUACCUGAAGGAGGAGGCUGAACGGGAGAAGCAGAGAGAGAAGGAGCUAGACCGGAUGCUGCAAGUAGAGCUUGACAAAGACUUCCGGAAGGUUGUGAACAAAUGGCGUGAAGAGCAAGCAGCUCGUGCACGAUUGCUGCGGGAGGUCAUGGAGACAAGACAGCAGCAAAUUGCUGAGAAAUUGGAGAUCAACAGAAAGGAGCAAGAAGAGGCGGCGGUGGAGCGCCAGCGUUUGAACGACAUCUUCCAGGAGCAUGUUCGCAUGGAGAAAGAAGACGAGGAGAGACGCAAACGGGUCCGCAAGAAGCAUCAGUCAGAUUUGCUGGAUCAACUAGACUAUCAAACUGCUCUGAAGGAGGAGGAAGAACACAUGACGAAACUGGAGCUGGACGAAGUCAAGCGGCAAGAACAGCGCUACCGCGAUAAGCUAGGCCGAGAACUGGCUAAGGAGCCAUUCGCUGACCAGCGUCACCCUCUCCGGCAAGCAAUGACCUUCACUGGCGGUGGAGGGGGAACAUUCAACUUCUGAGACCAAGCCCCGUGAAGAUGAGGCAAAACAGUGCCAUGCCUACUAGUGGAAUAAUUUCCCCCAUCUGAGAAGGCAUCCAAUGAUGAAACAUGACUUGAGGACGAGUAAUUUUGUUGACCUUGUUAUUGCAUUGUUGAAAAGCUUGUUAUCUAGCCGUUUGUUUUAGGCCGCGUUUUGGCUCGUGGAUCGCGAUUUGCAAUUAGCAGCCAGGCCACGCCGGUGUUACCUGCAGAUGUCAAUGACCCUUGCCUGCAAUACUGUGUGUGUGUGCAUGGCACUUGUACAGGAAUGGCGUCUAUGGAUUGCCAUCGGUCUUGCAGUACUGAUUUGAUCAUUUAUUUUAAACCACCCUACUAUGCAGGACUGUGUUGAUGUCAUUCUCAGUAGUACACACUACACAGUGUU